AUGGCCCCACCACUCAAUCUCGAGCAGUGGGAGCACAAAGCCGUAGGGGAGAUCUUCAGGGUGACUUUGGACAGGGCAGCAGCUGAAGCGAGCGGCUAUGACAUUGUGUGGCUCAAGUACUUGGACCAGGAGCUGCGCUCAGAAGAUCCGAGCCUCACGAACAUCCGCCUGAGCACGGACAUCGUCGACAGACUGCUGAUCGCGCGACUAGAACUCGACCCCCAAAGCAUGACAGAUGACCUCGACUACCUUCCCGUACUUACUUCCCUGCCCCCGGAACAGACCAUCUUCGAGUACCUUGUCGGAUGUUGGAAGCGUCAGAACCAGAUUCGCUCGGCGCUUCUCAAGAAGGGCUAUCCGCCGACGGACACCCAGAAGGGCGUGGAGAAGCUGGACAAGAUCAAGGAUCUGGUCAUCAGCUAUGCAGGUUUGACGCUGCAGGAGCCUGAGAUGUUCCCGCAGCCGUCGAACAAGCCCAUUGGACCCAUCGAGCUGGUCAACCCACUUCUCUCACUGUCCGCAUUCACGACACCAUUGGGGUCCUCCCCGCAAUCCGGCUCUCUGUCUGCCUCCGACGUCGAGCCUUUCUUGCACGACCUCGCCCGCCGCUUCGAGCCGGACAACGAGAUCGACGGCGUCCUCGGUCCCGUCGUCAAGCUUCUCGCGUACCACCCAUCGCUCGCUCAGCCCGAGGGCAUCGCCGGCGCCGACGCGACCUGGCGUGGUGUCAUCGGCGGCCUUGAAGCGCUCGUCAGUGUCAAGCCCAUCGCCGUCAUGAUCACCCGCCUCGACGAGUUCAUCCCGGAAAACGCCACUGCACCCACCUUCGAGCGUCUCGCGCUUCUAGGACCCGUAUCGCGUCUGAAUGUCUUCGGCACGGACUGGCCCUCCGUCGCGCGCACGUACUUCUCAGACCCCGACAAGCGCAGCCGCGCGGACCUCGACUCGUCCUUCGCUAGUCUGCGCGGGACGCUCAACGGGUACCAGACGUCGCUUUUCGCGAUCUACAACGCACUCGUGCGCGCGUCUCCCGUGGCGCGGGAGGCCGUGCUGAAGUACUUCGCGCGGGUCGUGAAGCUGAACUUGCGCCGCGCGGGCAUGCAAGUGGAUCCGGCGACGGUGUCGUCGGAUAGCUUCAUGGUGAACAUCCAGACCGUGCUGCUGCGGUUCGCAGACCCCUUCAUGGAUGCGACGUAUAGCAAGAUGGACAAGAUCGACCCGUUGUAUUUGGCGAGGUCCGACAGGUUGGACCUGCACGACGAGACCAGGAUCAAGGCGACGAGCGAGGAGGCGAAGGCGUGGGAGGACCAGCAGAAGGGUGCGAACGCGCCGGCACCAAACUUCAUCUCGGAGAUCUUUUUCCUGUCCAUUGCAAUGUGCCACUACGGGUUGUUGAAGACGGUCGAUUCGUACAACGAGAUGCACAAGCACAUCAGCGAGUACCAGAGGCAGCUUGACCAGAUCCAGGGUGACGGCUCUUGGAUGGGUACACCGAACCAAGCCAGAACACAACAAGCGAUUGAUCAGGGGAAGAUCGAGCUAGGCAAGCUCAAAUCUCACCAGAUGACCUUCGCGGCGCAGCUGCUGGACCCCGAGCUUCUCCUCCGCCACCUUGGCUUCACCAACUUCCUGUCCACCUGGGUCAUUCGGCAGGUUGACCCGCUGAAGACGCACCCGAACCCGCUGGUUGAGCUUCCGCUCCCGCAGGAGGUGCCAAUGUCCUUCCGCGUGCUGCCCGAAUACAUCAUCGAGGAUAUUGUGGACCAUUAUCACUUCGUGACGCAGGACGCACGCGACAAGUUCGACGUCGCAGGCAAGAACGAGCUGCUCAUGUUCGUCCUGACCUUCUUGACCUCGACGUGGUACAUCAAGAACCCGUUCUUGAAGUCGAAGAUCAACGACACCCUCUUCAUGGGUUUGUGGGGCUAUGGGCGCGAGCGCGGCGGUGUGCUCGGACAACUGCUCAACUCGCACCCGAAGGCGCUUAAGCACUUGAUCCCGGCGUUGAUGCACUUCUACAUCGAGGUCGAGCAAACGGGCGCAAGCUCCCAGUUUUAUGACAAAUUCAGUGAACGGAGCAUCGCCUACGUCUUGAAGUACAUCUGGGACAACCCCGUACACCGGGAAGCGCUUAACAUCGAAGCCACCAAGAUCGACAAGUUCGUCCGCUUCGUCAACCUCAUGAUCAACGAUGUUACCUACCUCAUGGACGAAUCCUUGAGCGAGAUGACCCAGAUCCACACCAUCCAGGUCGAGAUGGACAACCAGGCAGCCUGGAAUGCGCAACCUCAGCAGUACCGCCGCGAACGCGAGGGAACCCUGCGCUCCCUUGAACGCCAGGCAUCUAGCUAUGCCGCCCUCAGCCGCUCGACCGUCGAACUCCUCAAGCUCUUCACUGCCGAGACGAAGGCCCCCUUCAUGAUGCCCGAGAUCGUCGACCGUCUCGCAGCCAUGCUGGACUACAACCUCAACGCGCUCAUCGGUCCGCGGUACCAGGAGCUGCGCGUACGCGACCCGGAGAAGCUGUCGUUCAAUCCGCGCCAGCUCCUCAGCGAUAUCAUCCAGAUCUUCAUCAACCUGAGCGACCAGCCCGAGUUCGUGCGCGCGGUCGCGAAUGAUGGGCGGAGCUACAGCAAGGAGCUGUUUAUGCGCGCCGCGGCGAAGGCAGUGCAGCGCACGCUGAAGACGGAGCAGGAGGUGCAGGUGCUGUAUGCGUUUGUGGAGAAGGUCGAAGAGGCGAGGACGACGAUUGAAGCGGAGGAUGAUCUGGGCGAGGUGCCGGAUGAGUUCUUGGAUCCGCUCAUGUACACUGUCAUGCGUGACCCGGUCAUGCUGCCGUCCUCGCGGACAAUCAUCGACCGCCCAACAAUCAAGUCUCACUUGCUCUCGGACUCGAAGGAUCCCUUCAACCGCAUGCCCCUCACCAUCGAGGAUGUCAUCGAGCAACCCGAACUCAAGGCGCGCAUCGAGAACUUCUUGUCCGAGCGGCGGAACAAGGCAAAGGCCCCCAAGGCCACGGAAGAUCAUGCAAUGGACACCUCAUGA